GGAACCUUUUGUCAAAAUAGAAGCGCUGGAAAGGCGACAGGGGCAAAAGAGAGAAAAGCAAGAAGAAAGAACCGAAGAGCUUCUCCUUUUACUCUCUACAGAUGGCAGCGUCCGUAGGAAAACGGCAGUUCGCCCACCUCGAACCCGGCCUGAACCGGUUCAAAGCCUCCCAGCCACAUCCAAGCCGCCGGCCCGACUCCCCGGUUCGAGGUUGUAGCUUCCCCACGGCGGCUCCGAAAACCAAGACCCUCGUCGAGGACGCCUCGAGCGACGACGACGAGGAAACUGACUGGAAGAAGUCCUACAAGAAGGCGGAGAACGAGGUUGAGCCGCCGAUCUCGGACCCGAGAGAUGAGGGGACGGCCGACAGCUGGAUCGAGCGAAAUCCGUCCCUGAUCCGUCUUACCGGCAAGCACCCCUUCAACUGCGAGCCGCCGCUGACCCGGCUCAUGCACCACGGCUUCAUAACGCCGUCGUCUCUCCACUACGUCCGCAACCACGGCCCGGUUCCGAAGGGCACGUGGGAUGAGUGGACCGUCGAGGUCUGCGGGCUGGUGAAGCGGCCCACACGCUUCACCAUGGCCCAACUCGUGGACGAGUUCCCAGCCCGCGAGCUCCCCGUCACGCUCGUCUGCGCCGGAAAUCGGCGCAAGGAGCAGAACAUGGUGAAACAGACGAUCGGAUUCAACUGGGGGGCUGCAGGCGUAUCGACGUCUGUCUGGCGCGGCGUACGGCUCAGGGACGUGCUUAAACGGUGCGGGAUUCACAGCCGAUCUAAGGGCGCACUAAACGUGUGCUUCGAAGGAGCCGAGGAUCUGCCCCAGGGAGGCGGGACCAAGUACGGGACGAGCUUGACGAAGGAGAUGGCGAUGGACCCGGCCCGAGACAUCAUCCUCGCUUACAUGCAGAACGGAGAGAUCCUGGCCCCAGAUCACGGGUAUCCUGUCCGUAUGAUCAUACCAGGAUUCAUCGGAGGGCGGAUGGUGAAGUGGCUGAAGAGGAUCAUCGUAACCACCGAAGAGUCGCAGAACUAUUACCAUUUCAGAGAUAACAGAGUUCUUCCUUCUCAUGUCGAUGAUGAGCUGGCAAAUGCCGAAGCAUGGUGGUAUAAGCCCGAGUACAUAAUAAACGAGCUGAACAUAAACUCCGUUAUAACGACUCCGUGUCAUGAAGAGAUUCUUCCCAUCAAUUCAACGACUACACAACGGCCGUAUACUUUGAAGGGCUAUGCAUAUUCCGGUGGAGGCAAGAAGGUGACGAGGGUGGAGGUUACGAUGGACGGUGGAGAAACGUGGUACGUGUGCGAGAUCGACCGCCCAGAGAAGCCCAACAAGUACGGCAAGUACUGGUGCUGGUGCUUCUGGUCGCUGGAGGUGGAGGUGCUAGACUUGCUGGGGGCCAAGGAGAUUGCGGUCCGAGCCUGGGACGAGACCCUCAACACCCAGCCGGAGAAGCUCAUCUGGAAUCUCAUGGGCAUGAUGAAUAACUGCUGGUUCCGGGUGAAGACGAAUGUGUGCAAGCCGCACAGGGGCGAGAUCGGGCUGGUGUUCGAGCAUCCAACGUUGCCCGGAAACCAGUCGGGAGGAUGGAUGGCCCACCAGAAGCACAUGGAGACGGCCGCGGAGGCGAGGAGCCUGAAGAAGAGCUUGUCGACGCCAUUCAUGAACACGUCAGUGAAGCAGUUCUCCAUGUCGGAGGUGAAAAAGCACAGCUCUGAUAGCUCGGCGUGGAUCGUCGUCCACGGCCACGUCUACGAUUGCACCAGCUUCCUCAAGGACCACCCCGGCGGCACCGACAGCAUCCUCAUCAACGCCGGCACGGAUUGCACCGAAGAGUUCGACGCAAUCCACUCCGACAAGGCCAAAACCAUGCUCGAAGACUAUCGGAUCGGCGAGCUCAUCACGACCGGCUACACUUCCGACUCCUCUUCUCCCAACAGCACCAUCCAUGACGCUUCUAACUUCUCUCACUUAGACACCAUCAAUGAAGUCUCCGUGACUAGAAGCUCUCCCGCUCUGAUACCAGGUCAAAAAAUCCCAUGCAAGCUCGUCUCCAAGAUCUCCCUCUCUCACGACGUCCGCCUCUUCCGCUUCGCAUUGCCAUCUUCCGACCAGGUACUUGGCUUGCCUGUUGGGAAGCACAUCUUCCUCUGCCCCACCAUCGAAGGCAAGCUAUGCAUGCGUGCUUACACCCCAACGAGCUCCAUCGAUGAGGUCGGCUACUUUGAUCUUGUCGUCAAGAUCUACUUCAAAGGCGUCCACCCCAAGUUCCCCAAUGGCGGGGUGAUGUCGCAGUACCUCGACUCAUUGCCGAUCGGCUCCACGCUGGAUAUAAAGGGUCCGCUGGGGCACAUCGAGUACACGGGCAGCGGGAACUUCCUAGUCCACGGCAAGCAGAAGUACGCGAGGCGGCUUGCAAUGCUUGCGGGGGGAACUGGGAUCACGCCCAUCUAUCAGGUGAUGCAGGCCAUCUUGAAAGACCCAAGCGACGAAACGGAGAUGUAUUUGGUCUACGCGAACAGGUCAGAGGACGACAUUCUCUUCAGAGACGAGCUCGAUGAGUGGGCCGAGAAGUACCCGAACGUGAAGGUUUGGUAUGUUCUCAGCCAACCGAAGAGGGAAGGAUGGAAAUACAGUAUCGGUUACAUCACAGAGAGCAUUCUACGGGAGCACAUUCCUGAAGGCGGCAGUGAUUCGUUGGCGCUCAUCUGCGGGCCGCCGCCAAUGAUUCAGUUCGCGGUCUUGCCGAACUUGGAGAAGAUGAAUUACGACGUCAAGAACUCUUGCCUGACGUUUUGAACUGGAGAUGUCGGAUUCGUUUUAAUGUAUGUACAUGUAUAUGUUAGUUAUCGAUGCAUUGAUUCCUCUAUUCA